AUGACAGAUGCCAUCAGUCUCGACUUGCUUCAGGUCACUUACUUCCUUGUUACUCAAACCUCCACGAUUGAGGAGCAACCGUCGAUGAAAGAUCCUCCUGCAAACCUGACGAUUCUCAGAGAUGUUGGCCAGAAGCGUCGUUUGGCUGAAGGUGCGAACGGUGAACCUUCCACCUCUGGACCACAUGAAACCAGGACAACGCAGCCACCUCCAGAACGGUUCAAGAAGGAGAAAGGUAGCAUCUUUAUAUCAAAGAAGAACAAGUCUGGGGAACCAUAG